AGCGCCAGCAGCAGUAUGGAAUCGCAGUUCCAGUCGGAUUCGUUUAAGCGUUUUGAGAUGUUGCUGAAGAAGACUGAGACUUUUUCGCAUUGUCUGAGUGCGGGCGACGUUGAAAUGGCGGGUGCCCGUCAGAUAUUCGGAAUGGCAUCACUGAUGCCUAAUCUAGAGUCGCUUAAUCAGAAAGAUGUUGCAUCGAAGAGCUCGAAAGGUGGUCAUCAGCGCAUUGAAACGGAAGGUGAUCAUCGGCAUCGUAAGACGGAAAAGGAGGAGGACGAGGAGCUGAUCAAUCAAGUGAAAAGGAGUGAGACACUCGUUCGCCAUGUUUGUUUGCAGCUUUGA